UGGAAGUGAGAAGAGAUGAGAAUCGUUUAUUUCUUCUUCAUAGCGAUUUUCUUGUUACGUAAGUCCUCAUCGUCGCUCGAUGGUCACUGAGAUCAUUUAAAGUAUCGCGAUCGAGAACGUAAAACAUGUUGUGAAUUUUUUUCUUUUCGACGUGAAAGCGAUCCUGAUUGACUCUCGAUUUGUGAUUGGAUAUAUCUGCGAAUUAUAAUUCGCACGACUGAACGAUUUAAAUGGUGGAUUGAAAAUGUGUUAGCAUAUCUUAUAAAGAAGGUUAAUAUCAGCGGAUGGAAGAUACCAAUACGUCGUGCAUCACAUUUAACGAAUGACACUGCUAACGAAUGCGACAAUGGAUGCGAAUGAGAAAAACUCUAUUAAUUUCUCGAUCAAUGGAGAAUCACAUGCGGUGAGCGGAGGCAUAUCGGCUGACACAUCUCUCAAUGUCUACAUUCGUGAUUAUGCGAAAUUACGCGGCACAAAAGCUAUGUGUCACGAAGGUGGCUGCGGUGCCUGUAUCGUGGCCGCGGAGAUCAAGGGCAAAACAAUAGCUGUAAAUUCCUGUCUCAUCCCGAUAUUAAUCUGUGAUGGGUGGGCAAUCCAUACUAUCGAAGGCAUAGGAAAUAGGAAAGACGGUUAUCAUUCGAUUCAAGCAACGCUUGCUGAGAAAAAUGGCACACAAUGUGGUUACUGUUCUCCCGGCAUGGUAAUGAAUCUUUACAGUCUCGUAAAAGACAAAAAAUUGACUAUGCAGGAGAUAGAAAACUCUUUCGGCAGUAAUAUCUGCCGAUGUACGGGCUAUCGGCCGAUUUUAGAUGCGUUUAAGGGAUACGCAAGCGAUGCACCAGCGUCGCUAAUGAAGGAUAUCCAUGAUAUCGAGGAAAUUUACAAGAUCAAAACAUGUCCGAAAAACGGAAAGCCAUGUAAAACUAGCGGAUGUUGCGUUAAGACAUUAUUUCCAGUUAGAAACAGUACACUGGAUAUAAAGCUGGAGGAUGCAGAAUUCUAUAAAGUGUAUUCGAUUGAGGAUUUGUUUGCAGUAUUUCAACAGAAACCAAAUGCUACAUAUAUAUUAAACGGCGGCAACACAGCGCAUGGUGUUUAUCGUGCGGGCAAACACGACCUUCACAUCGAUAUAAACGAUAUCCCAGACUUGCGCCGCAUCGAGAAGACCAAUGACUCUUUAACCCUGGGCGGAGGUAUAUCCCUAACUGUGGCGAUGGAGACCUUUCAGAAAUAUUCUUCCGAGGCCGGAUUCAAAUAUCUACAGCACCUGGCUCAUCACAUCGAUUUAAUCGCGAGUGUACCGGUGCGCAACAUGGGUAGCAUGGCCGGAAAUCUGAUGAUCAAGCACACACAUCAUGAAUUCCCGUCGGAUUUGUUCUUGGUGUUGGAAACUGCCGGCACUCAAAUACACAUCCUCGAAGGACCCGGUCGCAAGCAAAGCAUGAUGCUACGAGAUUUCUUGGAAAUCGAUAUGAAGCAUAAGAUCAUCUACAGCUUGGUACUACCGACUCGAUCCGCCGACUAUGAAUAUAGAUCCUAUAAGAUCAUGCCAAGAGCGCAAAACGCACACGCUCACAUCAACGCCGGUUUCCUCUUCAAACUGAGCGGCGACGGCAAGGUGCUGGAGAAACCUAACAUCAUCUUCGGUGGCAUUAAUGAACAUUUCCUCCACGCGAAGAACACUGAGGAGAUGUUGGUGGGUAAAUCGAUCUUCGACAAGCAAGUAAUGAAAACCGCUUUGGAGACGCUGCACGGCGAGCUCCAGCCGGAUCACGUUCUACCGGAUUAUUCGCCAGAAUUCCGCAGAACCCUCGCUGAGGGAUUAUUCUAUAAAUUCGUAUUGAGUAUUAAACCGGAAAACGUGAAUUCCAAUUUUCGCAGCGGUGGCUCUAUUCUGGAACGAGGACUUUCUUCAGGUGUGCAGGAUUAUGAAACAGACAAGAACUUGUGGCCGGUGAACAAACCUACGACAAAACUGGAGGCAAUCCAGCAGACGUCAGGCGAAGCUGUAUACUGCAAUGACCUACCGCCGUUCCCUCGGGAAGUGUUCUGUGCCUUCGUCCUUGCAAAUGUCAGUAAUGGCAAGAUUGCGGAUAUAGAUGCGAGCAAGGCAUUGGCAAUGAAAGGCGUAGUGGCGUUCUUCAGCGCCAAAGAUAUACCCGGCAAGAAUUUGAUGACAGCGGCCGCCAGCCAGGAAGUAAUGAUGAUGGACGAUGAAGUUCUGUUCGCCGAGGACAUUCUUUACGCGGGGCAACCAGUCGGUGUGAUCGCUGCCGAGACGCACAAUCUAGCAAAUGAAGCUGCGAAAUUGGUGGAUAUCAAAUACAGCGAGUCGAUGAAGAGAAAACCCGUGUUAACCAUCGAGGACGCGCUUGCUACGAAAGAUGAGUCCAGAAUUUUGCAGACCAUGCAUGUGGAAGCGAAGAAGAAAGGAAAUAAUACAAAGCAUGUGAUAAAGGGUGUCUUUCGAUGCGGCAGUCAAUAUCACUACACCAUGGAGACGCAAUCUUGCGUGUGCAUUCCCACAGAGGACGGUAUAGACGUCUAUCCAUCGACACAAUGGAUAGAUCUCACUCAAGUAUCGAUCGCGAAUGUUCUCAACAUCAAAAAUAAUAGCAUCAAUGUCUACGUGAAACGACUUGGUGGAGCAUACGGAGCAAAGAUCUCGCGUAAUUGUCAAAUCUCGUGUGCCUGUGCGUUGGUAGCUCACAAACUUAAUCGCCCUGCGCGAUUCGUCUUGUCGAUCGAGAGCAACAUGCAAUCUCAAGGCAAAAGAAUUUCUUCGCGCCAAGAAUAUGAAGUCGGCGUGGACGACAAUGGAGUUAUUCAAUACCUCAACUCGAAUAUUUGGGGCAACGCCGGUUGCAACUUUAAUCAACCCCAUGCUUUCCUGACAAUAGAGCAUAUGCACAACUGUUACGCAAACGAGUAUUGGACAAAUACCGGAUUCGAAGUGCGAACUGAUACACCAUCCAAUACAUAUUGCCGGGCACCAGGCUCCACGGAAGGAAUAGGCAUGAUCGAGAGUAUAAUGGAGCACAUUGCGCGAGUGUUGAAAAAGGACCCGCUGCAGGUCAGGCUAGCGAAUAUGCACAGCGAUCACAAGUCCGCGAUGGAAACGAUGAUAAACGACUUAUCUAAAUCGGCUGACUACGAGAUGCGGAAGCGAGCUGUCGAGACAUUCAACAAUGAGAAUCGCUGGAAAAAGAAGGGAAUCGCUAUAGUGCCGAUGCAAUACCUGUUGAUGCAUUUUGGUCCACACAACGCUGUGGUUUCGAUUUGCGGACGUGACGGUACAGUUUGCGUGACGCAUGGUGGUAUUGAAUGCGGUCAAGGAUUAAAUACCAAGGUCGCCCAAGUAGCAGCUUACACGUUGGGAAUCAGCCUAGACUUAAUCGCGGUCAAAGCCAGCAAUAAUUUAAUGACACCCAACAAUAUGGUUACUGGAGGAAGUGUUGUCAGCGAACUCUGUUCAUAUGCCACGAUGAAUGCUUGUAAAAUGAUUCUAGAGAGACUCGAGCCUAUAAAACAAAAAUUAAAUAAUCCGAGCUGGCAGGAGCUCAUCUUGAAAGCGACCUUGGAAAAUGUAGAUUUAUGCGCACGUUAUAUGCACGUGCCCGAGCACGACAGCACACUCAAACCCUACCCCAUUUACGGUGUAACCAUCACCGAAGUCGAGGUAGACUUGUUGACUGGACAGCACAUUAUCAGCAGAGUGGAUUUAAUGGAAGAUGCUGGUACGAGCUUGAAUCCAGAGGUUGAUAUCGGUCAAAUCGAAGGAUCUUUCGUGAUGGGAAUAGGAUUUUGGACUUCUGAAGAUAUAGUGUACGAUCCUAAAACAGGAAUACUAAUGAAUGACAGAACAUGGAAUUAUAAACCACCAGGAGCAAAGGAUAUCCCCGUCGACUUCCGCGUAACUUUUCGUAAAAACGCACCCAACUCAGUCGGUGUCCUACGUUCAAAAGCAACCGGUGAACCACCAUUAUGUAUGACUUUCACAAUUCCGAUUGCAAUUCGUAAUGCAUUGAAUUCCGCUAGAGCAGAUGCCGGAAAUAAUGAUGUUUGGUAUCCCUUAGAUGGGCCAUUCACCAAUGAACGUAUUCUUCUAAAUAGCUUAACAAGCAAGGACAAUAUGGUACUUUGAGAACGACAGUAGACAGAUAUUUGCUUACGAGAAGAAAUUAGUGCUUAAAAUUAUUAUAUUCUGUAAUUAUUGUCUCUAUGUUCACUGCUUUUUAACCAAGAUGGAUUGAGGCUCUGCGCAAUAUAAUUUACUUCCUUUGUUUCAUCAAUACAAGCAAUAGUUUUGGGAUAAUAGCGAUACGAUAGUAAUUUAACAAUUAACGGAUUUCUAACACAACUAAGACACAACUAUUGUUUUAUGGUAAAUAAUUUCAAUAAAUAUUCUCUAUUAAACGCC